AUUUUCUCAUACUUCAUUAUCAAACUUAUCUUAUCAUCUCAAUAGAUCUGUUGUAUUUGCUGCUGCAAGAUGGCUUUCAAAAUAGCAAUUCUGAUCCUGGGCCUGUUGGCCAUGUUCCUUAUAGUCUCCUCAGACGUUGUAUCCUCCAAUGCAAAAGAGGUGAAAAAUUUAGUGCGUGAUGCCAAAUAUCCCGGUGGAGGCUUUGGAGGGGGGUACCCUGGUUAUGGCGGUGGCUAUCCUGGUCAAGGUGGUGGAUACCCUGGACGUGGUGGUGGCUAUCCUGGUCGUGGUGGUGGCUAUCCUGGUCGUGGUGGUGGCUACCCUGGUCGUGGUGGUGGUUACCCUGGUCGUUGUCGCUAUGGAUGUUGUGGUGGCCGGACAUACAAUGGAGGAUGCAGAAGGUGCUGCUAGAGAAGCUGCGAUGCAUGCACAGACUCAGGGUUGAGACAAUGCACUUACGUAGUACUUACUAUAUCUGAUGAAUAAAAUGUGGUGUUAGAUUCGCUUGACCUUUCUUUUUCUUAUCAAGAAUAAGAAAUUAAUGUAUUGUAAAGAAUAAAAUGUUUCAACCUUUUUCCAUAUUAAUUAAGAAAAUAUAUACAUUACAUUUACAA